AUCUGUAAAAAAUAGAAAAUGAUUAUAGAAAAUCAAGCAGAAUUAUGCGUCGUCUUAAUUAUUUCUUUGAACAUUAAUCAUUUCCUUAAAAGCCAAAACCGUUAGAGAAAAAAGAAAAUCAUAUCCUAAGAUAAACGAGAGAAUCUACCCUCUAUCUCUCUAGAUUAACCACUGUGUGAUAAUUUGAAGCUUUUCACUGUCCUUUUAAUGGCGUAAACGACGAUUAUAUACGUUUUCUCCUUUAUAAGUGUUGUUGUUGUUAGAAAGAUUUAUACCAUAAUGAAGAUGGAUGAGUUUCGUGAAGCUUCUUCGGUCUCUUCGUCUCCUUCGACUCCACUACGAACACCGUUACAUUCUCCAAACCUCUUUCACGGAGAUUUCUCCAUUAGCAACAGAUUCUCUUUCAACUCUUCAUCUGAUUAUUCUUUAUCAAGUUCUUUCUCUAAUGGAUUCUGUUCUCCUGAAGAUAGUUCUUCUCCGUUCGCUUCUCCUCCGUUUAGCGGGAUCAUUCCUAAGCUAAAUCACACUUCACCAGUCUCUUUUCAUAACCAUAAUAAUGAUUUAUUGUUUCACAAGGAUCAUGAAAAGAGUCAUGUUAAUGGUGAUGAUGAUUUAGGUUUGUGUGAAGAUCUCUACCGUAUGAAUAUCAAGGAGGAUGUUGAAGAAGAUCAAGUACGUUACGCACGAACUGAGACUCACGGUUCGAUUCCUAAGUCUGAUCACACCGACUUCACUCUUGAUCCACUCUACAACUUUUCACCUAAACACUAUGAAUCUAACAAUGGUGGAUUUGUGUCUGGAGGCUUUCCAUGUGGAUUCUUUCGUCCAACAAAAGAGUCUAGUGUUAACCAGCCAUGUGACUCGUGGUCUGGAUUCGAUCAAAGCAAAAAUGUCGACAAGAGAAACAUGUUUGGGAAUAAUCCUCAAGUUCAAGAUUUCAUAGCCAAUUCUCAACAAAUUGGAUGGCCUAGCUACUCAAGCAGUAAUGGUGGCACUAGUCCUUACAACAAUGGUCAGGAGAUUUUCGGAAAUCGAGUUGGAAUGAGAGAGUAUUCAGCUUACUCGCCGCCACAACAACAACCCGAUAUUUCGUAUAAUCAUCAAAGUUACAGAACAACAACAUCAGACAUCUUACCAUUUUUCUGCCAAGGAACUCAAGCUCCUAUGGUUUCAAAAUGGUCUGAGCCAUUUAGCGCUGAUGAUAGUUUCUUCAUGAAUGGGAAAAGCUUGGAUCAUCAGAGAAGCAGUACUCGAGCAGUGAUGUCUGAUCAUGGGAGUACUACAGAGAUAUGUCAUCCGAGUCUGCCUAACAUGUGUGACAUUCAAGGAUAUGUAUACUUAAUGGCUAAAGAUCAACACGGAUGUCGAUUCUUGCAGAGGAUUUUCGAUGAAGGAACUUCCGCUGACGCAAUGAUCAUAUUCAAUGAAGUUAUUGCUCAUGUCGUUGAGCUUAUGAUGGAUCCUUUUGGGAAUUACCUGAUGCAGAAACUCUUAGAUGUUUGUACUGAAGAACAGAGGACGCAAAUCGUGCUCGUGGCAACCGCGGAGCCUGGUCAACUUAUCCGGAUAUCUCUCAAUGCAUACGGUACUCGGGUUGUCCAAAGAUUAGUGGAAACAAUCAGAACCGGAAAACAGAUUUCUCUGGUGAAAUCGGCAUUGAGACCCGGUUUUCUUGAUUUGAUCAAAGAUUUAAAUGGCAACCAUGUGAUUCAACGUUGCUUGCAAUGCCUAAGCACUGAAGAUAACAAGUUUAUCUUUGAUGCGGCGACAAAGUUCUGCACUGAAAUCGCAACACAUAGACAUGGAUGUUGUGUGCUUCAAAAAUGCAUUGCUUACUCAAUGAGACAACAACGAGAGAAGCUGAUAGCUGAAAUCUCUAGAAACAGCCUCCUCCUUGCUCAAGACCCCUUUGGGAACUACGCAGUCCAAUUCGUUAUAGAACUGAGGAUUCCUUCUGCGGUGGCGAUGAUGCUGGCUCAGUUAAAAGGGCAUUACGUUCAGCUUUCAAUGCAGAAAUUCAGUAGCCACAUGGUCGAAAGAUGUUUGAUGCAUUGUCCCGAGAGUCGUCCACAAAUUGUGCGUGAGCUCAUCUCUGUUCCUCACUUUGAUCAGCUUCUUCAAGACCCUUACGCAAAUUUUGUCAUCCAAGCCGCUCUUGCCGCCACAAAGGGUCCAAUUCAUGCUUCACUUGUGGAAGUCAUAAGGCCACAUUCGAUUCUACGUAAUAAUCCUUAUUGCAAGAGGAUUUUUUCGAGGAAUCUACUGAAGAAGUGAAGGAUGAUGAUGAAUGAUGAUUCGCUGAGUCUGUAAUUUUGAUGUUGUUGUGUUUCUUUUUCUCCUUCCAAAGAUUAUUCUGUGUUUUCUUAUGUUCUUAUGAAUAAUUUCUCUGGACAAUGGUCUAUAGCUCCAGAGACGAAGAGCUUAGUGUUUGUUUCUUCUGUAUUGUUCUGUUGUUUCUUUUGUUGUUGUUUUUUUUUGUCGUCUCAGCUAAUUUUCGGUUUUGGGAAUGGUAUUUUCUGUUGUAAAAAAUCGGGUUUCUAACCCGGUUUUGUCUUCAAAUAAAAGUCUUCUUAUUUCUUACUGAGACAAAAGAUUUUACUGCUCCAAGAUUUUUAUGGGCUUUGUUUUUGUUUUAAUCUGAUCAAUCAAGCCCAUUAGUUUUCA